AUGCAGCUUUAUCAAUCCAACCUUCUGGCGGUGAUGAUGGUCCUGGUUGGAAUUACGUCCGCAAAAUUUCCAUGUCCCGGAGAAAAGUCAUACGGUGGCUGUGGAGUUGAGGACAAGAACGGGGGUAGAGCUACCAUGAUCAUGACGCCCGCUUACUCCAGCUCUCGAGGUAGCUUCACGUGUGCUAAGAUCAAGGUUAACAACGAAUACUCCAAAGUUGCAGCUUGUUGUGUGCCAACCGCCAUGGAUAAGCUGGAUCCAGCUAUUGGUGGGAAGAGGCUCGCAAUGGGGGAUUACCACAACAUGUGCAAUUUCGUAUCCGACGUCGCCAACCCCCCUCAAUAACACACGAAUUGCGUUCUAUCCAAGGAUACUUGACAUUAAAGUUUAACAUGUGAAUAAACUGUAAAUAAAUCCAAAUAAUAGUGAUGAAGACACG